UCGAGCUGCCAGCAUUUCUCUUGCGGCUGUUCUGAAAAUCGACUCAGCUUUGUUCAUCUGUAUUUCUUACAUAUAAACUAUCAAUAAAAUUCGUAAACCAUGAUAGAAUCAUUGUACAAUGUUCCGUUCAUGCUAUUCGAAGUGCCGAACUUGAAACUGAAAAGGCCGUCAUGGUUUCAGCAACCAUCGGCAAUGACAGUAUUUUCGUUUGUACUCCUGUCUUACUUUCUGGUAACCGGAGGUAUCAUAUAUGAUGUGAUCGUAGAACCUCCUAGUGUCGGUUCUACAACUGAUGAACACGGCCAUUCACGACCUGUUGCCUUCAUGCCAUAUCGCGUUAAUGGGCAGUACAUUAUGGAAGGGCUUGCAAGUAGUUUUCUGUUUACUAUUGGUGGGCUUGGUUUCAUAAUAAUGGAUCAAACACACACCCCGGGUAAACCCAAAUUAAACAAAAUUCUGUUGAUUGCAAUGGGAUUCAUUUUUAUUCUGGUGUCGUUCUUUACGACAUGGAUUUUCAUGCGAAUGAAACUGCCAGGAUAUUUACAACCUUAGAACGUUUUUUAUUCGACGCAUGCAUUUAUUUUACGAAACACUCGUUAUUUGCGUGGUAAUAAAAAAAAUUGUCUACAUAA